AUGGCAUUGCUCAAGCCAAUCACAUUUCACCCCUCAUCACCCAAGCAAAAGUCAGCAUUUCCAAUGGCUCCCGCACCAGCUCCAGCUCCACAGCCAACGCCGGCUUCCAAUCCGAGCUUCCGAAGCAUCGAACCAAAGAUACCACCAGCGCAACCACACCUGAGCAUUACACCUGGCAUCGGCUCCCUUUCCAGAUCUGAUCCUCCAACCCCUCCGCGUGGUCCACCACCCACACCCAAACGCAGGCCACACAAUGAGCUGUCCAAGGCUGACCCUCCGACUCCACCGCGCGGUCCUCCGCCAACCCCGGGGCGUAGAGAGGUUAGCUUUAGAGCGCCCGACUCGCUUUCCCGGCGUGAUCCCCCGACUCCGCCCAGAGGGCCCCCACCAACCCCAGCCCGGAGAGCCCACGGGGUGGUGGUGGAGGAUUCCGACAUUUUCAGCUCAUUAUCCCGUGAAGAUCCUCCUACACCUCCCAGUGCUCCACCGCCGACUCCCACAGGAGCUCGCAGAGCCACGCAUAGAGGCCUUUCGAAGUGUGAUCCACCGACUCCACCUAGUGCUCCCCCACCAUCACCGCAAGGAUGCAGGGCCGGGAUAUACUCGGAGUAUUCUCGGAGUGACCCCCCAACCCCUCCCAGUGCACCCCCGCCAACGCCGGGUCGCUCGGUGCCCUGGACGACACAGGAAAUUAAUCUACUGGUAUCCGUUUGCAGAAGUGGCGUGAAACUGGUGAGUCAAUUGCACUCGACCCGUUUUUAUUUUCUUCUACUUUGCUUUGAUGCAUAGUUUGCCCUGUUCCUCGCGAACUCCUGCUGGGUUGGUGGUGGUGGGGAGUGGACGAGAUUUUCCCCAUCUCCUGGGCAAAGUUUUGUUGCAAACAGUCCUAUGAUUUCCUUUGGAGGGUUUUUUUUUUGUCUUUCGGUCUGUCAAGUUAGGUAUUAGUACGGUAGCGCUGACCCGGUUCUUUUUUCCUUUUUUUCUCUAUUGGCAGGGAUGGUGCCAGAUUGCCGGUUUGUUUCGCGGGAGAAGCGUCUUGGAAUGCAGGAACAAGUACCAAGAUGUCAUUCAUGGACGACCAGAGGCUAUCGACUUGGAGCCGGGAUGCUACGACUCUGAUUGCGAGCAUAGCCUUCUGGGUCUGGGUGGAGGGGUCUUCGAUGACAACAGUAGAAGCAUCAGGUAAUGCAUAUCAUGCAUAUAUCGUUCAUCUAUCCCAUUCCCUUCCACACACAUAGCAGCAUCCGCGGCACAAGAUGUUCUCGAGGCCGUAAGAGGAGUAGCCGUUGGAUCAAGAGCAACAUGCAGCUGUCCGUGGUUAUUUGCUUUUUUCCCCUUCAAACCCCGGUUACUAGAUUCAGAUUUGUUCAUUUUUCUUUUUCUUCCUUUCCUUUCCUCUCAUUGGAGAAGAAAGGAAAAGGAUACCGUGCUUGAUUUUCCUUUCUUCUUCUUUCGCUGGAUGGGUUCAGUUGACUGAUCCACGAUGCGUUUUGCAGGAGAAAGUGCCUUUCCAUCCCGACCGAGGGAGACGACCUAGUUCCCGAAUUAAUCGCAAGCACCUCACCAGUGGGAUCGCCUGCGGCCGACCGCCGUGUCAUCACAAAGAGAAAGAGAAAUUGGAGACAGAUCGGUGACGUGGAAACCGCUGAUGAGGGAACCAUCCACCACCAUUCCCAUGGCGACAAUUCCUCCGACAAGCACUGCUACUCCUCCAAGAGGGCAAAGACUAUUACGUGAGUUUGAUGACUAUCUUUUUGAGGAAGGCUUUUCGACACUUUUCAUCUCAAUAAUUAACCUCCGCAAAAUUGUGUCUUGAAUUUGUCUUGCCUCGUCUCGUCCUGGGAUUAUAUUGUCCCGGAUUCAUUAAUUACCUUCCUCCUCCUCCUCCUUCUCCUUCAAUGCAUGACAGAGGUUAUCGACAAAAACUAAUCAUACAAUAGGCAUUUAUCGGACGAGCUAAACUUUGUCCUCUCACAGGAAUGGUUCUCAAACGUACAGGUAAUAGAUCGUAUCCAGGAACACCACGCCAUGUCACAGCACGCGCGCGAAGGGGAUUGGUCUCCUCCCAGUACUUCUGGUUUCGAAUUUGUACUUGGCAACCAAUUGUAGAAAAAACAAAAACGGGAACAUCAUCAUCAUCAACCGAACCCUUCAGCGAAUGAGCUGACAAUACAAGUUUAUGAUUGGCCUGACCGAGAUAUGGUGAUAAACUUGGUCUCUUUUUCUUUUCUUUUUCCAUGCGGGAGAUAUUACCGUGCAACCUUUCUUCCUUCCUCUUUGUUCGUUUUAACAUUUUUUCAGACUUAACAACCCUUUUCCUUAUUUUCACUGCCGGAUUUGUCUGUCUAUGGUAUUUUUUUUAUCAGACUAGAAGGAUGGGCUCGGGCGGGAUCAGGAUCGGCAAAGCCGUGGACGGGGUGUUUCCAUAGACGAACAAGUUUAACUUGUGUACUGUACGCUUAUUAUAUCGGGGUGCUUUAUUAUUUUCCUCUUUUCCAUUUUUGCAUGCUUUGGAUUGUUUGGAAUUGUACGGCAGUUGUCCUUUCGUUGUGUAAUAAUAUCAUAUCAGAGGCCGAAGAAGGAAUCGGUAUUGAAAUGCGAAUGAGAAUGGUGUACUCGAGCACAGGCACGGUGCCCGAGUACGGAAGCGAUUUAGUACGGUAGGCUGGUGCGCAGCUGGCCAUUCAUAUUAUUAGCUUUUCACGGGUACCGGUAGUUGAGCUCAACCCACUCGGUGGGAGUAAGGGGGUGCACUCGAGAACAGCACAAGUGCCAUUGUUGAACCGACGGUGGUGGGGGAUAGUCUAGGCUCGGGACCGCAGAGCCAAGUGUCGUC